AAUGCUAAAUAAUCUCUUCAGUAAUCAAAAUACUUUUUGAAUGUAACUGUAUUCUGAUUACCAACGAUUUAGGGGAAUACAGUUACUAAUAUUUUGUAUUUUAAAUAAGAAAUCCCAUUACAUGUACUCUGUUAUUCCCCAACCCUGUCUGUCAGUGUGUGUGUGUGUGUGAGAGAGAGAGAGAUAGAGAGAUAGAGAGAGAGAGAGAGAGAGAGAGAAAUUGACUCACUUUGGAAAUACUGAAACAAUCGCUUUCAUAUUCAUCUGAGUCACAUGUUCCAUGGGACAAGGUGACAUCUUUCAGUAUAAUGCUAUAUGUAAUGUAGCAUAGAGUUUUCUAUAUCAAGUGCAAUGAAAUGCAAAAAUAAAUUGUCUGAGCAGUCAAGGGAACUUGUCAUGGUUGAAGUAAAAUACAUGUUUUUGGUUUUUUUUUUCUUCUAUUUUAAAACAUUGGUUUGGUGCUCUGCUGGUUUUGUUUUGCACAAAAACUUCUCUGUUUUUUUCCUGUUCUUCUACCACAUACUGCAGGUGUGCAUCAACAGGAAGUCUGGUGUUAGAUCUUCACUGUUCAAAUGACAGUUAUGACACUCAAUCUGCUGUUAAUUUUUUGGUUCAGCUUUACUCAAGAUUUUGGUGCUGACUGUCUAAAGAAUCGUUACGGAUUGAAAGGAACAUCAAUUCAUCUGAGCUUCAGUCAGAAAAAUCAGUCACAUCAGCAAACUCAAGUUAAAUGGAGACGAUUCAACAGAGAAGAGGCACUUGCAUGUCCAGAUGGCGUUGCCCCCAACUAUAGAAAUAGAAUGGAAUAUAACUUAUCAGAUGGGUCUUUAACCAUUAAAAACCUUCAAGAAAAUGACAGCGGGAAAUAUGAAGCCCUUCUGGGUUUCUGGGAAGAAGAAAUUCUGGCUGCAUACACACUUAUAGUGGAGCCUGCUGUCUCUGAGCCCUUAAUCGAAGUGAGUCAGGAUGACAAUAACACCUCUGCUGGACUGUGUCGGGCCACAGUGAACUGCUCGGCUGAUGGCAGCUGGGCCACUUAUGACUGCGACCAAAGUCUAUGUACAAGGACACAUGGAUCUCUGGCCUCCAUUAACAUCACUGUUACUGCAUUGGGAAGCAGAGAAGUUCAAUGUCAGGCCAACAACCAUGUGAGCAGGAAUCAUUCUGAGAUACUGAAUAUUAUGUGCCUGGAAAAACAGGAAAGUGAAUUGCGCUCACCACCAGGACUUGUCUUUUGGAUUGUUUUGACCAUUUGUGUUGGUGUUGUGCUGGGUUUUCUUUUGGGUUUGGUUAUAGUGCUUGUCAAAAAAAUAAACUCCACAAAGAUUCAUCCACAGUGUAUUGUUGCUGUGAUAGAUGGAACAGUGAGUGAACAGGGUCCAGGAACUAAGUACAGCACAGUGCACAAGCCAAACACAUCCCACACUCAUACGGCAAACAAUGCUGACAAAAAUAUUGAAGGAACCAUCUACGACACCCCAUCAAGACAGCCUAAGGCUCAUCGAGCUGUCAGUGUCGAUGUAAUGAUAGAAAAUCAGGAGCAACAGCGGCCUCGAGAGGACAACACUGUUAAAGUAAGAGCUACAGUACACCAGGCAGCAGAACCCGAUUCAGAACAAAUAAACACAGUUUACUGUAAACUGGGAGAGAUAUGACUCCGAUUAGAUGACUCCUUCUCAAAGUUAAUUAUUCAAUAUUAGCCUAUAAAAAAAUAAAAUAAAUCAAAUCUUGUAUUCUACAGUAUGCACACUUUAAGCUGUUUAUGUGGCUAAGAGGGUGGCUCUGCUCAGUUAAAACCAUCUUAUUACAGAAAAUAUUAUUUUUGUCAGAACUGUAUUAUUAUUAGAGGCAUUUCAUUGGUCCUGUAAAUGUACAAUGCUUAUUAAGUGCUUAUUAUUGUCAAAUAAAGACAACUACAGAGCAGUGA